AAAGAAAACUAAUAAUGACGGUCAGCACGACCUGCCUGACACAUUCCGCAUAGCGAGCAGGAUUAAAAGGGUCGAAACGAGACGAAAACAGUUUAUUUACUGUUUAUUGUUUUUACUUUUACUGCGACCCUCAGUUUUAAUGCGGACCUCUCCGCCUCCGGCAGGCUGGUCUGUGCGCUGCUGGCCGGUCUGUCCUCCUCUGAGCCGGCGGUGCGGCAGCGCUUUAGCUCCGGCUCGGUGUUAGCCUGUUAGCCUCGGGCAAGCCGGGCGCAGGAUGGACUUCGUGCUGGGCGGAGUGGCCGCGUGCGGCGCGUGUGUGUUCACCAACCCGCUGGAGGUGGUGAAGACCCGAAUGCAGCUGCAGGGAGAGCUGCAGAGCCGCGGCUCUUACCGGGUUCACUACCGGAACGUGUUCCACGCCUUCUACACCAUCGGGCGCGUGGAGGGUCUGGGUGGGCUGCAGCGGGGGCUGCUGGCCGGGAUGAUGUACCAGUUCUUCAUGAACGGGGUUCGGCUCGGUUCCUACGCCCUGAUCGAGUCCGCCGGAUACAUCCACACGGAGGGCCGGGUCAGUGCGGCGAAGAGCACCGCCGCCGGGGCGCUCAGCGGGGUGGUGGGCGCCGUGAUGGGCAGCCCGAUAUACCUGGUCAAAACUCACCUGCAGAGCCAGUCCACCUCCACCAUCGCUGUGGGUCACCAGUAUCAGCACCGGGGAAUGAUGCACGCACUGGUGGCGAUUCACCAACAGCACGGCAUUAUGGGAUUGUGGCGCGGCUCCAGUGCCGCGGUGCCGAGGGUCAGUGUGGGGUCAGCGGCUCAACUGUGCACUUUCAGCACCUGCAGAGAGUUGAUUACUGACCUGCAGAUGUUUUCUGAGGACAGCUGGUUGGUGGCCCUCAGUGCUGGAAUGGUCAGCAGUGUUGUUGUGGUUUUGGCCAUGACUCCGUUUGAUGUGGUCAGCACACGACUCUAUAACCAGCCAGUCGACCACCUGGGCCAGGGCCGGCUGUACCGCGGCUUUGUGGACUGUUUUUCCAGAACUCUGCGGACGGAGGGCUUAACUGGACUGUAUAAAGGACUUGGAGCCUCGUACUUCAGACUCGGCCCUCACACCAUCCUCUCCCUGCUGUUCUGGGAUCAGCUUCGCUACAUCUACCACACAUACGGCUACUGACCACAAUUACUGACCACACACACGGCUACUGACCACACACAUGGCUACUGACCACACAUACGGCUACUGACCACAGCUACUGAACACACAUAUGGCUACUGAACACAGUUACUGACCACACAUACAGCUACUCAACACACAGUUACUGACCACACAUACAGCUACACAACACACAGUUACUGACCACACAUAGAGCUACUGAACACACAGGUACUGGCCACACACAUGGCUAUUCACCACAGUUACUGACCACACAUACGGCUACUGAACACACAGUUACUGACCACACAUACAGCUACUCAACACAGUUACUGACCACACAUACAGCUACUGAACACACAGGUACUGGCCACACGCAUGGCUAUUCACCACAGUUACUGACUACACAUAUGGCUACUGACCACACACACAGCUGCUGACCACAGUUAUUGACCACACAUAUGGCUACUGACCACAGUUACUGACCACAAAUACGGCUACUGAUCACAAAUAUGGCUACUGACCACACACACAGAGUGAGAUUGUGAGCGCUGUCUGUCGGUCAGUUCUCCCAUCAGUGGACUUUUUGUCACCUGAUGUUGCAGAGAUAUUCCAAGAUGAUGCAGAAAUUCCUUGAGUGCAGAUUGUGGAAGUGCGGCUCAGCGAAUGUGAGGGGUCAUUUACACACCACAGAGUCCUGACCUGAACCCCACUGAGGGUCUCUGGGAUGAGCUGGAUGAGACUUUAGGAAGCAGGUCGACUGUCCCACCGUCAAUACAAGAAAAUAAAAGCAGCUCUGGAAAUAAA